AUGUCGAAAUUCUUUGUUUGUCAGAGCACGAACUGCAAGAGGUUAGAGUCGGAGAAGCUUCUUCGGGACUUGGAGGAACUUUGCUCACUGUCUCCUGGCUGUCAAGCUGUGCACUCGGGAUGCCUCGACCUGUGUGGUCGAGGACCCAACGUGAAAAUUCAAACGCCAGGUGAUCAAAAGGUGGUGGAGGGUGUCAAGACCUUCAAGGCUGCUAGAUCCUUGCUGGAAAAGCAUGGCGUGAAGCUGCGGAAAGUGGAUUUCCAGGUGGCGGAAGUGAAGUACGAAGCCCGGCGCCAGAAGACCAGUGAGGAUCGGCUCAGUAAGGUGCAGCAAGGUUUUAAGGCCAUUGGGGGCGAGACCAGCACCAAAGAGCCCCAACUGGCGAGCAGUUUAUUCGCACUUCGAGCCGAAGAACGGGUGACUCAGGAUGCCACAAAGGCAUUGGAAGAUGCGAAGAAAGCUAUGGAAUUGACUCCCGACCUGGCAGGGCCAAGGUGGACUGCAGCCUUGGCCAUGCUGAAGCUGGGACAAGUGGAGCAAGCUAGGGAAGAGUGUGGACGUGCACAGGAUGGUAGUGGAAGCUACAACAAGGAACACAUGCGUCUUGUGACAAGGCAAUUGGCUGAAAUUCAACAACCAAAAGCCGAACCACCCAAGGCGGAACCACCCAAGGCGGAACCACCAAAAGCCGAACCACCCAAGGCGGAACCACCCAAGGCGGAACCACCCAAGGCGGAACCACCCAAGGCGAAACCACCCAAGGCGGAACCACCCAAGGCGGAACCACCCAAGGCGGAACCACCCAAGGCGGAACCACCCAAGGCGGAACCACCCACGGUUGAACCGCCCAAGGCGGAACCACCCAAGGCAGAACCACCCAAGGUUGAACCGCCCAAGGUUGAAAGUGCAAAGACGAAGCCGGAAAAGGAAGCUCAAUCGGAAAAAGCAGUGAAGGCUGAGCCUGCUGAAGCCAAGUCCAUGGCCAAGGCUCCAGGAAAGGCUCCAGCAAAAGCUGCAGCAAAGAUCGCAAAGAUGGCCCACUCCAAACAUGGAGAACAAGAGGGCAAAGAUGGAAAAAAUCCAGCCACAAAUGGUGAAAAGGCUGAGGUUGGAGAAGUUGGAGACAAAGGAGAGAACGGAGACAAGGCAGGAGACAAGGCAUCAAAAGUGCCCAAGGCUCCCACUGACAAAAAGCUUUCUCGAUCGGCAAGUGGACUUGAAAGGGCUGAGAAAACCAAGAAGCUGACAAAAAGUGCUACCGAUCCAUGCAAAGGCAAAAGCUCCACCAGCAAGCUUGGUGAAACCAGUGAAAGUCAAACAAAUCAAGUUCAAAUACUUCAACAUCCACAUCAUCCCGAAGAUACGCAGACGACUGCUGCCGAAGUGUUGAGCGCCUCCUCUGCAUCUCACGUCGCCGCAGAACUCAGCGAGACUGGGCUCAUCGACAUGGGCACCUCUGCAGUCGAGCCCGGAUGGCGCUCCCCCAUGCUCUCGCCCACGCGAAAGAUCGUGAGCCUGUGAUGUUUUAAAGUGACGCGAAUGAUGAAAGUGAUGAACGUCUUUAAGAAGGUGCCAAUUCAAAGAUGUCGAGAGUUCCAGUUUCACGAGCGGCUUGUGUUUUAUGAAGUUUGAAGUACUGCUGUUGUUUCAGAGAUUUUCUGCUGUUCUAGCUUGCCCAUGGGCUACCCCACUGCACGGCUACAAAAAAA